AUCAGUGCUAUAAAUAAUGGCAACUGAAAAGACCCUCCAACAUAAGUUCUUUACCAGCAUUGAGACUAAAACCUCCAAUGUAAGAAUUCCAAUGGGCGAAGAAGGUUUUAACAAGGUGGCAAUCAUUGGUAGGGGAAGCUUUGGUCUAGCUUUGUCUAAAGAAUUUGCUCGAGCAGGUAUUCCUGUUUGCAUAGGUUCAAGGACACCAACAGUAAGUAGUGAUGGAAUUCCAACGAUGUCAAUCCGGGAUGCUAUUCAUGACAACAACAUCAUUAUUUUGGCCAUACCCUAUCUGCAUCAGGACAGCAUUCCUCUUGCCGAAAUAUCUCUUAAUCAAAUUGUAAUUGACUGCUCUAACAGAGUUAAGAUUUGCAAGAGUUCUGAACACUCGCAAGCAGAAUUACUCCAGGCCAAACUACCAGCUGGCUGUGCAGUUGUAAAAGCAUUAAAUACCCUGUCAGCUUAUGAGAUUGAAAAUAGGACAAGAACAAUCAAGGAAGUCCCCAUUGCAUCGGAUAGUAAGUUGGCCAAGGAUAAGGUAACAAGCUUGCUUCAUGUUCUAAGCUAUCACGCAUAUGAUCAUGGAAACUUGAAAGCGGCAAGGCUUAUAGAAAACAUUCCACUGCAAUUGUUUCCUGUAUGGCAAACACCUCUCGCCAUCGCCUUUCUGAUGUGGAUAUUUAUGUACUUUCUUCAGUUUGGACGUUCUUAUUUAUGCCGUGAUAAUACAAUUGGAUGGCACCCAACUGAGGAAAUAGAUUGUGAAACAUACAGUCUUUUGACAGAUAUGUUUUUUAAGGAUAUCAUUAAGGCCUGUGAUGGACAAGCCCUGAACUUGCUUGCUGCUUGCUAUCUACCUGGAGUUCUGGCAGCUUACAUACAGUUGAUGAGAGGUUCAAAAUAUGCUGCAUUUCCUCGCUGGCUAAACAGCUGGAUGCUGAUGAGAAAGUACUUAGGACUGUUGAUGCUUUUAUCAGCCAGUGUUCAUGCUUGUAUGUACUGCCUGACAUUAAAGCCUGAUCUGGGUGAACUACCUUGGAACAAAAAGGCUUACUACACAACAGGAGUGCUUGGCUUUGCCAUGGCAGUCAUUCUUGGCAUUUCGUCUCUACCUUCAGUCUCAUCUUCCUUCUCCUGGAGAGAGUUCAGAGCCAUUCAGUCAGUUUUGGGUUGGAGUUGUCUUGUCUUAUGCUCUCUUCACGCUACUUUCAAUGCACUUUCACCUCCAAAAGCUGGGCAGAACUACAAGCUAUUUACCUGGAAAGACUGUUAUUUUGGCUCCACCGAGCAGGUUGCUCUGAUUCUACCAGUGAUAACGUUUAUCCUUAAACUGCCCCUUCUUCUACCCUGGGUGGAUUAUCGCUUAACUAAAAUCAGGCAAGGGAUUGUUUUCAACUUUUACUCUGGUUGGAAUGGUCUUAGAGUCUUUGGCAUAGAUUUCAAAAUAUGAAAAUUGUAAUGUUUAUAAUGGAAAAUCUCCUAAUUUAUUUGAUCUGGCAUCUCAAGAAGGGAUUCAGAAUCUCACCGCAUAUUUAUUUCUACUUCAAUUCUUUAAAAUUGAUGCUUUUUGUGAUUAAUCUAAUUCUUCUUUAUUCUUUACUAAGAGUAUUCUCAGGGUGCCUGACAUUCCAAGAAGGUUUUCAGAAUCUCAUUGUAGGAUCAAUCAAUGUAAAAUAUCUAAAAUGAAAAUAUAUGUUAUUAAUAAAUUGUAAAAAUAAUCAAA